AUGGCCAUUGUCCUCCUGUUUGGUAUUGGUUUGGGCUGGACCCUGGCCCAGGAAGAGCGCUGCAUCUCUUCACAGUUUAGAAAACACGGAGACUACCUCCUGGGCGGAUUGUUCCCUUUGCGAGUCCUCACCACCGAUACAACAUACCGAACCUUGCCGGAUGUUUACGUGUGCGAGAGGAUUUACACCUCCGGUCUCAUCUGGGCUCUGGGGAUGAAGUUUGCUGUGGAGGAAAUUAACAAUUCCACCGCGUUGCUGCCGGGGAUCGAGCUCGGCUAUGACAUUUACGACGACUGCAUGGAGCCGAUCGUGGCCCUCCAGCCCAGCCUGCUGUUCCUGACCCAGAAGGGCACCAGCAGCGUCGGGGUCCUUUGCAACUAUACGGACUACCGGACCCGCAUGCUGGCUGUCAUAGGGCCCCACAGCUCAGAGCUCUGCACCGUCACCGCUAGGCUUUUUAGCUUCUUCCUGAUCCCACAGGUCAGCUACGGUGCCACGGCUGAGAAGCUGAACAACGAGGAACUGUACCCCUCUUUCUUCCGCACCGUGCCCAGCGACAAGAUCCAGCUGGAAGCCAUGAUAGAACUCCUGGUCUCCUUCAAGUGGAACUGGAUCGCCAUCAUUGGCAGCGACGACGAAUAUGGCCGAGAAGGCCUCAGCCUCCUGUCCACCAUGGCGGUCACCAAAGGCAUCUGCAUUGCCUAUGAGGGGCUGAUCCCGUCUGAUGUGUCGAUCCCCGACCUCGAGACGAGGCUGGAGCCGACCGUCCUGUCAAUCAACAAGACCAACGUCAACGUUGUUGUCCUCUUUUCCAACGAUCGGCCGGUUCGGGCCCUCCUCAAAGUGUGUCUCAGGCUGGGGCUGAGCCAGAAGGUGUGGCUGGCCACUGAAGCGUGGGUGAUGUCCGAAGUGGUCUCCUCUCUCAGACGAGUGGAGUCUAUUGGGACGGUCAUCGGUUUCAUCAUCAAGGCGGGGAACAUCUCCCGUUUUAGUAGCUACAUCAGGAGACUCUUCGAGCUGACCCAGCAGAAGAGUUUCUGUGAGGCUUCCCAGAAAGAAGGCAACCAAGUGGGCUCUGACGUUCUGGGGUUGCAGUGUCCGCAGUGUGACCAGCUUUCCCUAGACAACGUUACUACAGUUCUGGAGCAUCGGCAGACUUUUGCUGUGUACGCGGGCUGGCCCACGGUGUGGUCGCGGGCGCUGGGCCACAACGCCGCUAGGGUUGUGGUGCCGGGCUGGCAUGUAAGGAAGUGCUGUAGCAUCAAACCAUGGCAGCUGCUAGAAAAAAUGGAGAACUUGAAUUUCAGCAUCAGAAACCAUUCGUUCCAUUUUGACCAAUACCGUAGUAUCAACAAGGGCUACGAGGUCAUUGGAUGGAGCUGGCAGGACGGCCGGAUCCAGUACAUCACUCUUGGGAAGUUCAACGGGAAACUGAGCAUCAAUAAGUCCAAGUUCCGCUUUCAUACCGAAGAUCAAAAGGAGCCGACGUCCCAGUGCCUCACGGAAUGCCAACCCGGGCAGAUCCGCCGGAUAAAAGGCUUUCACCUGUGCUGUUACGACUGCAUCGACUGUGAGGCGGGGACGUUCUGCAGCAGUUCAGAGGACACCGGCUGCACGGCCUGCCCCGAACACCAGUGGUCUCCCAAGCGCAGCACGCAGUGUUACGACCGCAGCGAGAAAUACCUCUUCUGGUUCGAACCCCUGGCCCUGAUCUUGCUGGGCCUGUUACUUUUAGCCUUGGCGCUCACCUGCCUGGCGGGCGCACUGUUCCUGAAGAACCUCCACACCCCUGUGGUGCAGGCUGCCGGGGGCGGCUUGUGCCUCUUGGCUCUCUGCUGCCUGGCCGUGAUAUGCGUCAUCACCAGCCUGUACGUGGGGAAGCCCAGCCCCACCAUCUGCAAGCUCCACGACCCCUUCUUUGCCCUCUGCCUCAACGUCUGCUUCUCCACCAUCUUGGCAAAAGCCUUCCAGAUCGUCUUGGUGCACGAGUUCCCCAACAGCCGGCGUAACUUCCUGCACGUCCUCAUUCAAAAGCAGCCCUGGUCCAUCGUGGCUUCCUGCCUCCUGGUCGAAAGCUUAUUCUGCUUUUGGUACGUCUACGACAUCCCGCCGCUCGUGGUCAAGCACUACGCUCUCCUGCCAACCCAAGUCCUCAUCCAGUGCAACAUCCGAUCUUUGCCUCUCUUUGCCUUGAUCCAUGGGUACAACACCUCCCUGGCCUUCACUUCUUUCCUCUGCACGUUCAUGGUGGAGGUGCCGGCCAAGAAGUACAAUGUUGCCCGGGGCAUCACCUUCGCCAUGAUCGCGUACUUUGGCGCCCUGAUCUUCUUCCUCCCCACCUUCACCGCCGUGAAGCAAGAGGACCAGCCAGCCGUUGUCAUGGCCGCCAUGUUGCUGUGCACGUUGGGGCUGUUGGCCUGCUUCUACCUGCCCAAAUGCUACAUCCUCUGGUUUAAGCCGGAAUGGAACACGACGGACUAUUUCCAAGACUACACCCAACAGAAGGUGGAGGAGAAAGAUUCUCAAGAUUAG